AUGAAUACUAGGGAUGUAUAUGAAUCCGGAAGCCCGAAAAUAUUAAGGGUUGGAGAUGGGUCAGUCCGAAUCGGGCACGUAACAUGCGGGUCAUGGAUCCGUCGACCCGAGAAAGCGAAUUGGGUCGUUUGGGCACUGGGCAGAGCCGCGAAAGGCCGUGGCUCGUCUACUUCUUCUUCUGCUGGUGCCGUUGAGAUCUUCUCCUUCGAUCCCACGACUUCAUCUCUCCCCUCCUCUCCUCUGGUUACACGUACACUUGAAGAGAGUGACGGUGAUCCCAUAGCAAUUGCAGUCCACCCUUGUGGAGAUAAUUUUGUUUGCUCGACUUCAGAAGGGGGUUGCAAGUUGUUUGAGGUUUGUAGAGGAGAAACAUACCAAAAUUUCCUUCCUCUUGAAGAUGUCGGGCCACAGAAGUGUUUGGUCUUCAGCUUUGACAGAUGCAAACUUGCGGCCGGGGGAGAGGAUGGAUGUCUAAGAAUUCUCGAGUGGCCAAGCCUACGUUUAAUUUUGGACGAGCCAAAGGCGCACAAAUCCUUCAAGGAUAUGGAUUUUAGCCUCGACUCGGAGUUCUUGGCCACAACACCAACUGAUGGUUCGGCGAGAAUAUGGAAAGCAGACGAUGGUUUUCCUGUGGCAACUCUAGCACGAAAUCCGGAUGAAAACAUUGAAUUAUGCCGCUUCUCUAAAGAUGGAACGAAGCCAUUCUUGUUUUGUGCUGCCCAGAAAGGUGAGACGCCUGUGGUGAAUGUAUAUGACAUUUGUACAUGGAAGAAAAUCGGGUACAAGAAGCUGAUAAGGAAGGCUGCUUCCGCGAUGGCAGUGAGCCUCGACGGAAAAUAUAUUGCUCUGGGUAGCAAAGAUGGAGAUGUCUCAGUCGCGGAAAUCAAGACUAUGGAAAUCUACCGUCAUAGCAAGAGCUUGCAUCUUGGUCAUUCCAUUGCUUCUUUAGAGUUCUGCCCUUAUGAAAGGGUUUUGCUGACAAGUUCAGUCCAGUGGGGAGAGAUGGUGACCAAACUCGCUGUACCAUCCGAUUGGAAAGACUGGCAGAUUUAUGUGCUGCUAUUGGGACUGUCCUUGGUGUCAGCCGUUGCAUGUUACAUAUUCUUCAAGAACUCGGAUUCGUUUCGGAAUUUCCCACUUGGGAAAGAUCAGAGGAGACCAAAGAUUAGCUUUUUUGGGGACCCUAUGCCUUCCGAUGAACAAAGCAAGUGGAAUCCCUUCGGGCCUGUGGAUAUGUGAAUCCAUAAGAUCCAUUCAAGACCUGCAAGAGCUCAUUCUCUUGUUCUGUUUUCUUUUGGUUUGGGGUUUAUGUUACUUGCGCAUGUUAUUUGUAUUAGGGGUGAGCACUUCGGUUCGGGAAUUUAGUACCGACCCGAUCCGUCCCGAAACCGAACCAUAUCGAACCGAACCGAAUAACGUUUGGUUCUAA